AUGCCAGACUCCCCUCUCGCCGGCCUGGAUGUGCGGGCGUCCGACGUCGCGGCCGUCGAGCACUCCGUGCUCGCCACCGCCGAGGCCAACGCGUCCAAGGCCGAGGCCGAGGAGCGAGCGCGCCUUCUCCGCGACCACGACACCCAGCUCUCCGCCCUGCUCAAGCAGGAGCGUAUCCUCAGCGCUGGCCGAUUUUCCACGCAUGCCAACCGCCAAAUCAAGGCCGUGCGCGCCCGCAUUGACACUAUCAAGGCAAAACGCAAGCGCAUUAUUGAGGCCGCCCAGGCUAGAGAUGAGAUUAGAGACCGCGGCCAGGAGGGCAGGGGGAAGGACCCCGCAGGGACGGUCGUGCAUAAGGAAGAGGGUGAGCGAGAUACCGACUUUUUGAUCAGGACUGGCAAACUCACUCCUUUUGAAGCACAGAACCCUGGCGCCACGCAAGCGAGGAACCCGGUCCGGAGAAGGAGGACGAAACUCGGUGAUGUUGAGUUUUCAGCCCCUGUCGCGGGUGUCGACGGCACUGUUUUCCCGCCACACGUAGAAAGCGCUGAUGCAUCUGCCAGUGAUGGCAAUGUGGACCCUGUCACAUUGCCUACAUCGUCUGGUAGAUAUCGUGCGGGCCCAAUUGCUGCUGAGCAGCCUAGCUUAAUUGCGAGCGAGGGUGAGUCGGACGGUGUUCAUCCAGAAACCAGUGCAGCACGUGCGAAACCUGUAGCAAAGAGACGACGACCGACUAGCGAUUCUGGCAGUGGUGGGGAUGAGUACAAACCGGAUGAGUCAGACGACAGCCUUGCCGAUGAGUUAGAGUGGAAGCCUGAAGGAGCGAAGAAGCGCAAAAGAUCACCGAACUCUGCGUCGUUUCACGACAUUGUAGAUGACGCAGACGACGAAAUUCCAGGUCGGAGCGAUACGCCUGAAGUGGAUGAGGGCCCGCAACUUCCUGAAGGCGAUGACUGGAAGCUAGAUUCGACAGAGGAGAUUGAAUUGGAUGGCGGGAUACGAAUACCGGCCUCGAUAUAUGAUAAGCUCUUUGAUUACCAAAAAACUGGAGUAAGCAGAUGUUGUCGAUGGGUUUAGGAAAGACCGUUCAGAUCGUUGCCUUUCUCGCAGCACUCAAUUACAGCGGCAAACUGAAAGGGUCUGCGAUCGUUUUGGCACCAGCAACAGUGCUUCGUCAGUGGUAUCGCGAAUUUCGAACUUGGUGGCCUCGGUUCCGGGUGAGAAUACUUCACCAUUCCCAAGACCAGAACCAUAAAGGCAGAAAACGACAUGUGAUCGGCAAUAAGCAUGGUGUGUUGAUAACCAGCUAUGAACAAGUGCGUAAGAACCAUGACGCGUUGCUUGACAAAUUCGACUAUGUCAUUGCGGAUGAGGGUCAUAAAAUGAAGUCACCGGACGCCGAAAUCACUCUUGUCUGCAAGAGAUUCGACACGCCUCACCGCAUAAUUGUGAGUGGGUCUCCUUUGCAAAAUCAUCUGAAGGAGUUGUGGAGCCUGUUUGACUUUGUGUUUCCGGGAAAACUUGGCACACUCCCCGUUUUCCACGCUCAAUUUAUUAUACCCAUCACGAUGGGCGGAUACUCUACAGCAAGCAAGGCUCAGGUUCACACUGCAUACAAAUGUUCUGUUGUUUUACGCGAUUUGAUAUCUCCUUACCUUCUGCGAAGGAUGAAAAGAGACGUUGCGACUCAACUUCCAGAAAAGAACGAGCAAAUUUUGUUUGUCAAGCUCUGUUCGGAACAAAGAGAAAAGUACAAAACCUUUCUCCGAUCUCGGGCGGUCCGUCAAGUUUUGUCGGGGAAACUGAACCUCUUGUAUGCAGUCACAGCACUCCGCAAAAUUUGUAACCAUCCAGACAUUCCCUUAGAGAGCAAUGAAGGUAGAAACCACUCAGCCAAAAAAAUCCCCGAGGACUAUGGAAACUGGCGGAGGUCAGGCAAAAUGCUAGUAUUGGAAAAGGUACUCUCUGCUUGGAAAAAGGCUGGAAGUAGGGUCUUAUUGUUUAGCCAAACCAGGACAAUGUUGGAUAUUCUGGAAGAAUUUGUUAAUGAUAACGGAUAUUCCAGUCUAAGGAUGGAUGGCACAACAGCUGUGGGUUCCCGAAUGUAUCUGAUUGACAAGUUCAAUACAGAUUCAGAUGUCUUCAUUUUCUUGCUCACAACAAGGGUUGGAGGCUUGGGUGUCAAUCUGACUGGUGCUGACCGUGUCGUCCUUUAUGAUCCUGAUUGGAACCCAAGCACGGAUUUGCAAGCUCGAGAAAGAGCGUGGAGAGUCGGACAAACUCGUCCAGUAACGAUUUAUCGGUUGAUUACAACGGGUACCAUAGAAGAGAAAAUAUACCAUCGUCAGAUUUACAAGCAAUUUUUGACGAAUAAGGUUCUCAACGAUCCACGGCAGCGUCGUUUCUUCAAGCCUAAAGAUAUGCGGGAUCUCUUUACACUUAGCGACGAUUUAGAGAAGGGGACUGAAACUGGCGAUAUUUUCGCGGGAACUACUGCGAAGGAAAGGACGGGCGUCGAAGGAGAUGAGACAUCCGAAAUCCAGGCUUCUAAGGCAGCAACUGGGCAAAAAUCUGUUGAUGAUGAUGAUAACGGGGAAGAGGGCAACGCUCAACUGCUGAAUACCUUAUUAGAUGAUUCUGGGGAGGGCGUGCUUCACAGCACAAUUAAUCAUGACGAAGUUUUGAAGGCAGGAACGGAUGGAAAGGAUCACAAGCUGGUAGAGUAUGAGGCUGAUCAAAUUGCUGCCAAAGCGGUGGAAGAGUUAAAACGGUCAGCACGUCGCCGAAGGCGAGACAACGUCGGAGUGCCAACAUGGACGGGAAAAUCGGGAUUGGCAGGGUUUGUGAGUUCAAGACCAGCGAGUGGUGUCGGUAGCUCAAAAGCUGCUUCUUUGUUGCAGAGAAUCAAGCAGAGAGAAGGCACUGGAUUAGAUACCCCGAAGAGUGCAGCGGACCCCGACUUAUCGGAGAACGGUGCUCUCUUAAGGGACAUCAUCCAAUUUUUGCGAGAAAACGGAGGCCAUGGUACAUCCGCUGCAAUUGUUGGUCAGUUUCAGGCUAGAGUCGACAGCAGUCCGAAAGGUCUGCCUGGUUUUAAGUCUCUGUUAAAAAAGGUAGCAUUUUUGAAAAAAGGUGCAGGACCAAAUGGGUCCUCUGUGUGGAAAUUGCUGUCGAAGUAUUCACAAGACCCGCAGGACCAGUGAUCAUUUGAGAUGAAGACACUCAUCUCAGCAGAUCUGCUUUGCACAACUGAUGGUGCAAGUCUUUUGGAAUUUAGGCACUGCGCACACGGAUCCGAUUCGUUUCCGGUGUAUUCUUCACAGAGCUGAUCGAUACAUUCUAUCUAUUCUUCUUGAAGUCGUUGUAAACGUUGGCCCACAUCCCUAUGAUCAACAAGAAAAAGCUUUUCUGCAACAAUGAUGGUACGCCAGGCAUCCGCUGAAGCCAAAGGUUGAAGCAAUCCCAUUUUGUCACUGCAUCCAUGACCAAGUGCAUACCUUGACCGUCUUCCGGCCAGUUCUCUGGAGCAUAAAGCCAACUUAUCACA